GGGUCGGAAGCCUAUUCGUUAGAAAUGUCCCUAUAACGAUUUUUAUCUCGUUUUCGUACCCAAUUUUUAGCGCAUGACGGAAUUAUACCGCUUCAAGUUCAAGUAUUCAAACGCCGGCCCCCAGAUGGACUUCGUUAGCACGCAAGGGAGCAUCGAAAAUGGCGGCGGCGGCGAAGAGGCGAGGAAUGCCGGGCUCCUCUUGAUCCGGAAACUUUACGUCUUGAUGCAGAAUCUCGGGCCGCUGCCCAAUGACAUUACGCUGACCAUGAAGUUGUUUUACUACAAUGAUGUGACCCCCAGCGACUACCAGCCUCCGGGCUUCAAGGACGGCGAGGGGUCCAACUCCCUCCUUUUCGAUGGGGACCCCGUCAACCUCAGAGUGGGGUCCCUCUCCACCGCUUUCCACGUCCUCAAGGUCCGCAUCACCACCGAUAGCCAACGUGUCGCAGCGCUGCACGGUGGCAGCGGCGGUGUUGUUGUCGAGGAACACGGUGGGGGUCCAAUGCAGAUUUCGCACCAGGGUCUGGACUGUGAUGAAGAGGAGGAAGAGGACCCCAAAAAACAGCAGCAGGUGAG